UAAAAAAAUCUAUAAAUAUUUCUACAACUAUAGUUUAGUUUUGUGAUCGUGAGUUGGAUCCCCCUAUUGUCGCAGUUGCGCCGCCCCACGCCCCAGUUCCUUUCUUCUUUCUUGUUCUCGCGCUGCCUGUUUCAGCUGGUGUUUGUGUGUGUCCCGGAAUCGGACAACACAAAAAACAAAAACAAAACAGUAAUGGCGUACACGCAUCAGGGAGGCACUAAGAAGAAAGUCUGCUACUACUACGAUGGUGACAUUGGAAACUACUACUAUGGACAGGGUCACCCAAUGAAACCUCACAGAAUACGCAUGACUCACAACCUCCUGUUAAACUAUGGCCUUUACAGAAAAAUGGAAAUAUACAGACCACACAAAGCUACAGCAGAAGAAAUGACAAAGUACCACAGUGAUGAUUACAUAAAAUUCCUCAGAUCUAUAAGAUCAGAAAAUAUGUCUGAAUACAGCAAACAGAUGCAAAGAUUUAACGUUGGUGAAGACUGUCCUGUGUUUGACGGAUUGUUUGAGUUUUGCCAGUUGUCCACAGGUGGCUCUGCUGCCGGAGCAGUGAAAUUGAACAGGCAGCAGACUGAUAUUGCUGUCAACUGGGCUGGAGGACUUCACCAUGCUAAGAAGUCUGAGGCUUCAGGUUUUUGCUAUGUGAACGAUAUUGUCCUUGCCAUCCUCGAGCUACUAAAAUAUCAUCAGAGAGUGUUGUACAUUGAUAUCGACAUUCAUCACGGGGAUGGUGUUGAAGAAGCAUUCUAUACAACAGACCGUGUCAUGACAGUUUCGUUCCAUAAAUAUGGCGAAUACUUCCCUGGCACUGGUGACCUGCGGGAUAUUGGUGCAGGGAAAGGCAAAUACUAUGCUGUCAACUAUCCACUGAGGGAUGGUAUAGACGACGAAUCCUAUGAACUGAUUUUUAAACCUGUAUUGUCAAAAGUUAUGGAAAUGUUUCAGCCUAGUGCUGUGGUGCUGCAGUGUGGAGCAGAUUCGCUGUCUGGAGAUAGGCUUGGAUGCUUCAAUCUCACCAUUAAAGGUCAUGCUAAAUGUGUCGAGUAUAUGAAGACUUUCAACCUGCCCCUGCUGAUGUUGGGAGGAGGGGGCUACACAAUUCGAAAUGUUGCUCGGUGUUGGACAUACGAGACCGCUGUUGCACUAGAUUCAGAAAUUCCUAAUGAGCUUCCCUACAAUGAUUAUUUUGAAUACUUCGGACCAGAUUUUAAGUUGCACAUCAGUCCUUCCAACAUGACAAACCAGAACACCCAAGAGUAUUUGGACAAGAUCAAGCAGCGCUUGUUUGAGAACCUGCGUAUGCUCCCCCAUGCCCCAGGAGUUCAGAUGCAGGCUAUUCCAGAGGACGCCAUUGCAGAUGACAGUGGCGAAGAAGAUGAGGAAGACCCAGACAAACGCAUUUCAAUCCGAGCAUCUGAUAAAAGGAUAGCCUGUGAUGAAGAGUUUUCUGACUCCGAAGAUGAAGGAGAAGGUGGAAGGAGAAAUGUUGCAAAUCACAAGAAAAGUGCAAAAAGGGCUCGAGUAGACGAAGACAAGAAGGAAACAGAGGAUAAGAAAGCCGAAGUGAAAGAAGAAGACAAAUCUAAAGACAGCGGCUCAGAAAAGACAGAUGACAAAAGCAUUAAGACCGAGCAGCCCAGUAAUCCUUGAGACCAUUAACUGUUAUUGCAAGUAAGCUAUGGAAAUAAUGAAGAGCUGAAGACUUAUUUGCAAUAGAAUGGACUUUUUUUUUUUAAAUACAACUUUAAGUAUUUAUUUUAACAGUUUGUUUAGAUGUAGGGGUGUGUUUAGAAAGAAACUGGGUUUUCUUUUGAAGCAGGAUAAAAUUUUCUAUUGCAUCGUGGUUUGUAGGAUCAAAUUAAGUUCUUUAAUACAUUAAACAUCUGCAGUUGUAAGGGGAAAUGUCUCGUGUUUUACAAGUGUGCAUUUUUUUCUUACCUUUUUUAUACAUGUUUGUAUUUAGGUGUUUACCAGACAAGAUGAUAAUGUAUGCAUACUAAAUCUGUAAAAUUUAAGUUUUUUUUUUUUUGCAUUUCAAUAAAACCUACAGUACAAACUA